CACAUAAAGUGAAUAUGCAGCAACACUGAGACAUUGGACUCGGAAACUGUGGGUGUCCUGUUUACACUUACUGGUCAGCAGAAGGACUACGGAAGCCUUUUACAAAUACAGACAUUAACAAGUGCUCACACCAAAACAAACCGCUGGUCAUCAUGGCACUGGACGGAUGUGGCCUCUUCUGCAAAUAUAUCCUCUUCAUUUUCAACCUCAUCUUUGCGGUGGUAGGUAUGGUCUUCUUGGGUCUUGGUUUGUGGCUAAGAUUCAGCGCUAACACCAGAGGCAUCUUUGAAAUAGAUGCCCUCAACUCGAGUGCAUUUGUUAUGGGUGUGACGGUACUGAUAGCUCUCGGUGCAGUGAUGCUGAUUGUGGUAGCGUUUGGAGACUAUGGUGCCUGCAACGAGAAACGAUGCGCUCUGCAAGUGUUCUCUGUCCUUCUGGUCAUUCUGGCUGCUGCUGAAGUUGCUGUUGGAGUGCUCGCUUAUUCAAGGAGUGAUGAGGUUGGGGCGCAGAUUGUGGAGUUCUACAGUAGCAUGUAUGCUCUGUAUUUGAGCAAUGGAGACCCAGCCAUUGGUGUCACACUCACAUUCACCCACAAGAUGCUUCACUGCUGUGGAGUGACAGGAAUCCCGGUGUUGGAGUUGGCUAAACAGACCUGUCCUUCACCAGAUGGGAUCCUUGAGCACCUAGUCAUGCCUAACUGUCCUGGGAUCAUCUUGGAUGUAUUUAACCGCAAGGCACCACUGGUGAUGGGUAUCUUCAUUGGAACUGGAGCUCUUUUGAUUACCACCCUGAUCUGCUCCAUUGUCCUCCUGCAAGCGAUCAAGAAAGGCCAGCAGGCAAUCACUGAGUAUUAUUCCAAAGUGUACUAAGAAGAGGAUUCAAAUUUCAACGCUGCUCGCUUCUGCCUCCUCAACAAAGACCAUCGCUGGAAUUCAGGAUCAACAAGCAGAUCGAUGUUUACAGAUUUUCCUCUGUAUGUGAAUUACUCCUGGCACUAGUUUUAGAGUUGAACAAGAAUUGUGUUAAAAAGCAUUUUUAUACCCUAAAACAUUACAUUAUCCUAAUAAUUUGUUUAGAGCUGUUGACAACCAUAAAUAUUUCAUUGUGCCUUAAAAAGAAUCAUACAUUUGCUCUUGGUGAAAUGGAUGUUGCUUAUAAUUAGCUAUUAUUCAUCUAGCUAGAAACUGUCACAGCUGGACAGCAUGUGCGCACUAGUCUGACAAGCCUCUAGAUCAUUGUUAGCGUACCAUAAGUAAUCGAGGAUGAGAGCAACACAUCCAUUUUAAUGACAAACUCAGCUGGAAGGAGAAUAGGAGACUGCUUAUUUCUGUCAAAUUUCCACAUUUCUGUUUCACAUUUCAGCAGUUAUCAUAAUAUGCAGUGUGUUCUACCAUUGAGAUGGCAGCCAGCGUUUUGUUGCUUUUGUCUGUUGCUGCAAGUGGAAAAAGUUGAAUACACUGGGUGGUGAUUUAAAUGACCCCACGGCCAGUGGUGAAUGUUAUAGCGUUAAAACGUAAUGUAUAUAUGCAAAAGGGAGCUUUUAAAAAAAAUACGGUUAUAUUCAUUUCAUAAGCUUUCCUCUGAGGUUAGGUGAAAUUACAGUGCUGACACUGAAAUGGGAGCCUAUUACAUUAAGAUGUUAGCUUGAAUUAUCACCCGCUAAUAAGUGUGCCAGGGUAAUAGUUGCAGUUAGCUUUGCUGUUUUGUUACUGCUAAUUCAUUUCUGUUCUAUAGAGCUGUAGUGUUACAUAUGACAGUGUGUUGGUAUAUUUCAUUUUCUUUUAUUCAUGAUGUGUCCAAAGUGCCACACAGACUGGCCACAACAUAAAGUCAAGGGCAUUCUUUAGCGUGACAAAAAAUGUCAUCAAGUUCUGUUUGAGGCUAUUAAACUAGUUAUAUAACACCUGAACUGAAUUGCUUUAGAGCUGUGAAGCAUUAAGUGCUGCAUUCCUGUGAAAGCUGUUUUGAUACUGAGGAAAAACAUCUUGCCAUUAACGCACAUAAUAGUUACACUUUUUCCAUUCCCUUGGGUGUCUGUUCCCGUCAAAAGCUUCUGUGACCAAAUAAAAGCACAAGAAGAGUUCAGUAUAGAAAGAGAAAUGUUUAAAUGCCUUAUAUUGCUUGUUUUCUUUCUCUGUACUGUGUAGUAGAAAUAAUUGCAUUGCACUAUAUUGUUGUGGUUAUGUUGUUAAAGCUCACAAUUUUAGAAAUAAAUAUUCCACUGAGGGCUUUUUUCCUCUUCACCAAGA